AUGUUAACCGAUAUCGAAUAUAAAGACUCAAGUUGUGAUAGUAUUUAUUGGUUGGAAAAAUCAAUCGAAGAAGGAUAUUUCAAAUAUUAUGAUUAUAAAGAGUUUAAAAGUUUACAACCAAUAGGAAGAGGUUCCUUCGGAAACGUGGUUCGUGCUACUUGGAAAAGUGAUACUACUCUAGCUCUGAAAUCUUUUAAUAAUGAUAAAAUAACUCUUAAAGAAGUUGUUAAUGAGCAGCUAAGGCUACAACGAGACGUUGAUUAUCACGAAAAUAUUUUACAAUUUCGUGGAAUUACAAAAUAUGAAGCCGAUGCAAUACAUCAAAUGAAAAAAUAUAUGUUAGUUUUGGAAUAUGCUGAUAGUGGCACACUAAAUAAUUAUUUGAAGGAAAAUUUUGAUGAACUUAAUUGGACUCACAAAUAUGAGUUGGCACAACAAUUGGCAAGCGCAGUAACAUGUAUACAUGAUGAAGGAAUUAUUCAUCGUGAUUUGCAUGCAGACAAUAUUCUUGUACAUAGAAAAAACAUCAAGCUAGCUGACUUUGGUUUAUCAAGAAAAAUUGCCGAAGCGUCAAGUAGCGCAAGAAUAUUUGGUAUAAUACCUUAUGUAGAUCCGAAAAUUUUUAACAACAAUCCCAAUAAUAACGAUAAUUGUAAAAGAUAUAAAUUAAAUAAGAAAUCCGAUGUAUAUAGUAUUGGAAUUCUUAUGUGGCAAAUUUCCAGCGGACAUAAACCAUUUUAUAAUGAAGACUCAAAAUAUGAUAUAACAUUAGCUUUGGCUAUCGUAAAUGGGAAAAGAGAGAAAACUAUUGGUGGUACAUCUCCUGAAUAUAGUAAUUUAUAUAAAGAAUGCUGGAAAUACGAACCAGGGGAACGUCCAACGAUAAAAGAAGUUGCUUCAACUCUUAAAAAAAUUUAUUGCCCUGUAAAAAGUGAUAUUAAUAAUAAUAGCGAUAAUAAUAAAUAUUUGUGUGUAAAAGAUAAGUCAGAUUUAAAAUCAAGCAAAGUAAGUAUAGAAGAUUUAAAUAGAGAUUUAGAAAUACCGGUAUAUUCAAAUAUUAUUCAAAAGAUUAAGCCCAAGGAUGAUUUAAGUUCACAAAUUAAAAGAUCCACUCAAUUAAAUAUGAUGAGUUUAAAUAAUAAUCAUCUCUCUGAUGAAGGAGAAAAAAAUAAAAUUAAAGCUUUUGAAUGUCAAAACAAGUCGGCUGAUGACGAAUAUCUAGCAAACCAAUUUAGGCUUGAAUAUUGUCGGAAAGAAGCAACAUUUAAAACUUAUAAGGAAGAUAUACUUCAAAAUAAUUUUGAAAAAGAUAAUGAUACCGAGAAGAAUUUAGAAAAACGUUAUAAACCAACAGAAAAUGGAAGUAAAGUUGUGCAAUAUAAUUUGAUUCAUUAUUAUGAAAAGGAUACCGAAAAAGAUGAAAAGAAAGAUUAUAAAAAUGGAAAUUUGAAUUUUCAAUUUAAACUUGGAUGUUAUGAUGAAGAAAUUGAAACCGAAAUUCUCUUAUCAAACGAGCCAUGUUCGCUUGGUGAAGAAAAAAACACAAUCUACGUUUGCAACGAAGUCGCAAGUAAAGUACAAGCUUUACGUAAUAAUAUUGCCUGCUUAACACAUAAUGGAUUUGCAGAAAUCAACGAUGACCUCAUAAGUGGCCCAUUCAAAUCUUUGAGCGACCUUUUAGAAACAAAUCAAGAUGUAUUGAGUUGUAAGAAGAUGGCCGAAUUUUUUGUAAAUUAUGUUGAUUGCAUCACUUCGUGGAUUCAACCUAAAUUGGAUAUUUUGAAAGGUAAUCUUAACGAAGUAGAUUUAGAAGAAUUAUCGAAAGCUAACAUUUACGAUCUUAUCGAAGAAUUUGAAGCUGUAGAAGUUGCCAGUAACAAUGCCUUUGGUUUUGCCAAAACAUUAGCAAAUAAAUUAAUCGGGGAAGUGAUAAAUGAAAUUGAACAAGAUUGCGAUGACAAUGAAGAUAUCAAGGCUGAUCCUGAACUUAUCCAUGUUAAACAGCGAGAGACUAACUCAUUAUGGGAAGGAUUACAUAAAGUAAAAUCCGAUUUGGAACAAACUCUUCAAGCUAUUGAUUUUAAGAAAAAGGUUAAUGAAGUUUUAAAUGAUGUUAAUGAUAUAUCUAACAAAAUAUCGAAUGCUUUGGUCAAAGACGUUACUUAUAAUGAUAUGGAGAAUUGGCGAAUUAAAUUAAAUCAUUUUGAACAAGGAGAACUUUUCUCUUUAACAAAACUUAUCCAAAAGAAUUUGAACAAAGAAAAUUUUUGCGCUUUUAACGAUAGAAAAUCAAAGGAACUUGAAGGACUUUUGAAAAAAGUUGACGGUGUUAUUGAAAAUCUAAAGAGAUUGAUGAACAAUAAGAUUAAUGAAGCUGAUGCAUACCGAUUAUCACGAAUUGAUAUUUAUGUGAGCGAUGUUAAUGACUUGCAAGGUUGGAUCGAUGACUCUAUCAAAAUAUUCGCAGAUGCUAAACCUAAACAUGGUAUCUUGGUCGGAGAUUCUAAAGCUCUUGAUAAAAAUAGUUUUAGUGAAUUAACGUUAUUAUAUGAACAGUUCACAAAAGAAUUACCUAAUCGUAUAGAUCAAUUAGAAAGUACAAGAGAAAAAUUUAAUGAUAUAUCAUUAAAGGAAGAAAUAUCCGAACUAGAAGAAAUACCAAACCGGAAAUCAAAUCUUGAUCAAUCAUGGGACAAUCUAGAUUUAAUUACAGGAGAAUUUAAGGACUUUAUUGAAAAAAUUCAGAAUUGGUACCGACAACAUGAUGUCAUAUAUAAUAUUGAAGAUAGUCUUAGUGAACUGGAAGAUCGAAUUAACGGAUUAAGUAGUAUCAUAGGUUAUGAUAAUUUAGAAGGGGAAGUAAAAGAAUUAGACGAUAAAAUUAAUAUAGCUAAAUUAAUGCUUGAUGAAGCUAAAUCUAGGGCGAGUCAAAUAAUUUAUGAUCCUGAUUACUUUAUUGAUUUAAAGAAUCAUGAAAAUUUUGAGCAUCAUUAUAACAAAUCAACUAAACAGCUUGAUAAAUUAUUAUCUACGUUUCAUAAUGCUCUUACCACAACAUACAAUGCUUCAUUAUUAGCAGCUUUUUAUGCAGAUGCUAAUCGCAUAUUAGAAAAUUGUUAUGAAGAAACCGUUAUGAUAAAAUCAAGACAUGAUGAUCUUAAGAAUAGUAGAUAUUAUGCUCUUCAUGUUGAUGCUCUUGGAAUAAUUAUAGAAAAUGCUAUUAAUAAAUAUUCAAAAAGUGAAGAAAAGUUAAAUAGGUAUUAUCAACGAGUAAAUGUCUGUUUAAAAAAAGAAGUAGAUAAACUUGUUGAAUUAAAACUUGCCGAAACAAAAAAGAAUCAUAUAAUGUGCAUUUUUAGCAAAAUUACAUCAACUUUAAAACAAUUUUCCGAUGCCGUUGCUUUGGAACAUGAUGAAAUUGAACUUUUAAGGGCGGUUCAUAAUCAUGCUAAAACAGCCCAUGAAAUCAAUAAUUGGAUAAAUUCUUGUAAUCUUGCAAUAAUAUCAAAAUAUUCAAUCGAUCAGGAAGCUUUAGAAGAAAAGAUCACCAAAUUUCAAAAUGUCAUUCAUCAAUUCAAAAAUCAAAAUCACAAAAUUCUCAUAUCGGGAGCUGAUAACGAACCGCAAGAGACAAAUCCUAAAAUUGAUUUUAUGAGAAUACAAACAAAUUGUGUGGUAGAACGUUGGUAUAGACUUCAAAAUUUAUUAGCACAUUUAAGAACGAGCCUGGAUACCUUAAAGGAAGGCCAAGAAAUUUCACGCUCCAUUGAUCAACUUAAAGCAAGAAUUUUGAAUAUUCCAACAUAUUUUACGAAAUAUGAUAUAGAAGAACUUGAUAAAGUUCAAUCCGAAGUUAAUUAUAUCAUAGAACCAAAAAUCAAAGCUUUAGAUGAAAUGAUAAACGAUUUAACAGAAAAUGAUUCAGGAUACAUACAACAGCGCUGCAGAAUCGCUGAAGCGUUAAUUAAACUAACAGAUAUAAUAGACAACAAGAGAACUCAACUUUGGGAGGCACGUAAUUAA